UCUCAAUUGCAUUCCAGCGCGCGUUCGGUACGGAUACGGUUUCGGUUACGGCGGACAAAAGAUACGGAUACGGCAGCGCCAAUCGGAUUAAUUGCCACAUUGGAUUAUCAGUGAGAAAGUGAAAGUGGAUGUGAAUGUUAAUACAUAAUCAUUCGGAAAUUGGCAUUAUAUUUUGUAAAACCUUGAACAGUGAUUGCGAAAAGUUCCUAAACUAAAUAUUAAUCAAAAUCCAAUAGAUAAAUUUGGAUUUGUGAAUAGUUUAAUUUCCAGUUUGUUCCAAUUAGAAUUUAUACAUUUUUUAUAAACAGAGAAGUUCCUACAUCCAGAAAAGCAUGCCCAUGCUGCAGCAGCUGCCACUCCCAAUGGAGGGCGAACAGUUAGAGCUGCCAACGCCCCCGCUGCCGAUAAACCCACCGCCCAAGGUGAUGGCCAAUGGCAUUGUCUAUGGCUUUCGCACCCGUCAUCUGUCCUGCAUCGAAGAGAAUGACUCGGACUCGCUGCACGGUUCAUCUAUUCCACAUGCCUACGAUAUGAUGCAGCAGGCGGAUGAGACCUUUCAGAAGUUGAAUGCCAACGAAGAGCAGGACGAGUCGGGAAGUGAAGAGGAGGGCCUGGAGAAUUUGGAUGAUACCAUCGCCAUGAUUGAUGAAUCGCGACUUUUGGAGGCUGAUUAUCUCGAUGAACUAGUGGCCGAGGAGCAAUUGCAGGAGCCGGAUGAAGAUGAGGAGUCCUCGGAUCUGGUGGACUCUGGCAAUGUGGAGGAGGACUUCUGGCAGCCAAGUUUCAAUCGCAACGACAUCAUGAUGACCUCGGUUUAUGGAACUCUGAAUGGUUCCUUGACGAGUGAGGUGUCCUCGACUGCUACGCCGGGUUAUUCCGAGUGUGUGACGCCCAGAAAGGAGACGGAGCCCGUUUAUGCCACACCGGAAAAGCGACGAGCCAGCAAUCGGAGUUUCGAUUCCACUUGCGCCUCUCUCACCAGUUCAUUGUAUGGAGGAUCCAUGAACUCCUCACUGGAUCUUAAGUACUCCUCGUUGGGUGGUGGUGAUCUGGGUAGCGGUGGAAUUAGUGGAACUAGCACCCUGCGGGGAACUUCAGUGCCUCCCAUGGAUAUUUCCAUGAUGUCCAGCGAUGGCGUGAGUGCUCUUGACUGGGGAUCGGCCAGUGUUAGCUGUGUUUUGGACUCCGGCGAUGGGAAUCCCGCCGAGGAGCUCAAUGAGGAAAUGGCCGCUAAAUGUUUGAGUGCCGCCGAAAGUGAUCUCCAGUCCAUCCGACGUCUCCUGGAGCAUGAUGCCAGUGGUUCCGUGUGCCCCUCCUGCCGCAUAUCCUUCGACAAGGGCAAGAGACGGAAACUGAUCGACACCUGCGGCCACGAACGGUGCUAUUCCUGUAUGUUCCGCAACGAUCAGUGCCCCAUGUGCAUGAACAGCUCGUUGAAAGAUGUUGAUGGCGCCAAUGCUCAGGGCUAUGACACCGGAAUCGGCGGAUCCACAUCGACGAUAGUGAGUCCUCUUGGAUCCCCGCAACCGCAGCUCCGAUCGCAUGCGCAACGGAACGCGGCUCUGGCGCGGUAUAUGCAGCAGCACCGCCAGGAGUCGCAGUCGCCGGAUUACCACCACCGCUAUGCGAGCAAUGGCAAACUGCCCCGGGCAUCGGCCUCUACCAAUGGCAAUGGAUCCAACGGCAACAUUCAAACAGUCACCGUGGAUGUGCACCACCAGCACCUAAGUGGAGGAGUUGCCUCCGCCGCCAAGCAGUUGAUGGCCAACGGCAAUGGCAUAAGUGGCCAUAGUCGCAGCAACAGUCUAAGCCACAACAUCCAUGUGGCGUACAGCGAACUGAGUGCCGCACCACCGGCCUUUGCCACACCGCCGACGCGUAGGCGGUUCUUUAACCACAAGAAUCUGCGCAGUGCCCUCACUGGAGGAAACAGCGGUGGUUCAGGCAUAGGAGGCGGUGGAGCUGCAGGUGUGGGCGGCGGGCAUCGACGCACUGCCUCCAAUGGGGGUUGUCCCAUUGACACGGCAUCAAUCCUAUCAGGAGAUCAUCCUCAUCAGCAUCAUCACCAUGACAACCAGACGGUGGGCAAGGAGUCGAAUGCCCUUAACACAUCGACCUGCUCGGAUUCGGCGGUCACAAGAAGGCGGCGGAAGAACGUUAGCAAUCACAACCUGAAGACCUCGGCUCGCCAUGGAGCAAGUAGCGAGAAUCGCCUGAACAGGCUCAGUUUGGCUGGAACCUCUGUCUAUGCGGGUCAUCUGUCCUCUUUGGUCUUUGGCAAGAUCAAGUCCCUGUGGAGCGUAAACUCCUCCACUUCCAGUGAGGCGGGAUUAAAUCAACUAGCAGGAAGCGAUGCCCUUGACCAUCACUCCUCGCUGCUCAACGAGAAGCUGCAGAAGGACCAGCUUCACGCUCGUCUCGGCCUGCUGCUCAAUGAUCCCGGGAGCAAUGGAAACAGCAGCAGCAGCGGCAGUGGCUGUGAACCCAUCUCGGCGCACUCCACCACCAGUACCACGAGCAGCAGCGGAGUGGGUGCGGCCAGCACCACCACAAGUGGUUCGUCGCAGAAUGUCAGUCCGGAGCAAACGCUGGCCAGCGGAGCUGGAAUGCUCAGCGGAAGUCAGCUUUCGGUGGCCACCAGUCAUGGUGUUAAGGAUGAUGCACUCAGUCUGUGUGGCAAAUUUAAGGCAGGCUGCUCAAUGCUGCACGUUUACGAGGCACUGCCAAGCAAGAGUCGCAAGGGAAAUGCCCGGAGAUCGACGCGUGGUCAGCAGGGAGCCAGUUCCAGUUCAUCAGCAGCAGCGGCAGUGGGGUCGAGGGUCACUGCCUCAACUUUGGCUGCGGUGCAAUUGGCUCUAAAGCCCCUGUUCUUUGAGGUGCCAUUGCAAGAACCCGAUCCCCCAUAUGUGGGUCGCCAGUGGCUGGUGCAGCAAUUAUCCAAUAUUUUACUGGGAACCGAGACACGGGUUGUGCUCAUCAACGGACAACCGGGAACUGGAAAGACCGCAUUUUGCCUGCAGCUGGUUGAGUAUUCCUGCUUUGGACGCCGUCAGAUGCAGGAUGAUCCGGAUGGCAUCUACAGUCAGCUUCAAUUAGGCGCCCACUGUGAGCGGAUGCGCGGUUUGGCGUCUCACAUGGUCGGUUACCACUUCUGCCAGGCGGACGCCAAUCUCACCUGCCAGGUGCCGGAUUUCGUGCAUUCCCUGGCCGCCCAACUUUGCCAGGCUCCCCAGUUGACCGCUUACAGGGAUUACCUGUUGUCAGAGCCCCAUCUUCAGGAUAUUCUCAGUGUUCGCGAAUGCAUAGCUGAUGCGGAGAGAGUGAUGAAGUUGGCUAUUCUGGAGCCGUUGGCCCAGCUUCACCGUGCGGGAAAGAUUCCCGCCAAAGUUGCCGUCAUUUUGGUUGAUGCAUUGUGCGAAGCCGAAUACCAUCGUCCCGAUCAUGGGCACACCAUUGCCAGUUUUCUAGCCCAGCUCACUCCACAUUUUCCGGCCUGGCUCAAACUAGUGGCCACCGUUAGGACCCAGAUGCUGGAGCUGGUCAAGGCGCCCAGUUACACCCAACUUACUCUGGACAGCUGGGCCAGCAGUCAGGCACUGCAACAGGAUAUGCUGGACUACAUAGGCGCCCGGCUGGCCGACAGUCCGGAAAUUCGCAUGAACAUCGGCGGAGGAGGAGGUCAGAAUUCUCAAUCGGGAAACCAACCCCAAACGAAGUUCGUGUCUCAUCUGCAGUCCUUGAGCAGAGGCUCCAUGCUGUACACCAAGCUCAUCUUGGAUCUCAUUGCCCGUGGCCAAUUGGUUAUCAAAUCAUCCAGCUACAAGGUGCUCCCCGUCUCUCUAGCCCAGAUCUUUCUGCUGCAUUUCAAUCUGCGAUUCCCCACUGCCCGCAGUUUUGAACAGGCUGCUCCAAUCCUUAAUGUCUGCCUGGCUGCUCUAUAUCCUCUGACACUGGACGAGAUCUACUACAGUAUGGAGGCACUUGGUCAUGGAAGGGAAGCCCUCAGCUGGCCAGAUUUCAUGCAGCGCUUCAAACUGCUGGAUGGAUUUCUGAUCAAGAGGCUGGACAAUACCUACAUGUUCUUUCACAGCUCCCUGAGGGAGUGGCUGAUGCGCCGGGAUGAGGGCGAGUCCAACAAGUUUCUCUGUGAUGCCCGACUCGGUCAUGCGGCCAUCGCCUUCAGGCUGUCUCGCCUGCAGGCACCAUUGUCGCCCCAGCUCACUCUGGAACUUGGUCACCAUAUGCUAAAAGCACAUUUGUACGGGGGCACAAGUCCAACUCUUCUUUCUCCACGGGAUCUGCAAUCUUAUUGGUUGGCUGGAGCGGCGGACAACAUCUCAUCCUCGUUGGGAGCUCUGCGAAAUGUUUACAGUCCGAAUUUGAAGGUAUCCCGAUUGGUUCUACUGGCAGGAGCUUCCCCGAAUCAUCGCACAGAUUACAUGGGCGGAGCCCCGAUCCUAUGCAUAGCUGCGCAUGAGGGCAUCCUACCGAUGGUCAGCCUACUUCUAGAAUUCGGCGCUGAUGUGGGUUUAACCAACAGUCAAGGCUGUACACCCUUGAUUCUAGCCGCCAUGCGUGGACACUGUGACGUCGUGCGUCCGUUGGUAGCCGCCGGCAGCAGUCUUGGUCAGUUGGACAUCACACAACGCUGUGCUCUGGUUCAUGCCGCCCGCAUGGGUCACCUUAGUGUGGUCAAGUAUCUCCUGGCCUGCGACUGGUCACCACGUCCACACUCCCAGGAUGUCACCAGAUCAGUGGCUUUGCAGCAGGCACUGAUUGGAGCUGCUGCACAGGCGCACUGCAAGAUCCUCGAGGAUCUGUUGGACCUCAAUGAGACCGAAUUUGACCUGGAUGUGAAUGGCAUGGAGCCGAGCAGUGGCGAGCUGGCUUUGACCGCUGCCGCCCGUCACGGAUGUGUCGAUGUGGUUGGUAUCCUACUCUCCCGCGGUGCCCAGAUUGAUGCUAGAAAUCGCCAGGGUUACUCAGCACUUUGGUUGGCCGUCAAAGAGGGCCACUGGAGCGUUGUGGAACAUCUGCUACAGCGUGGAGCCCUUCAGGAUGAACCUCUGGGACAGACACGCAAAACUCCGCUGAUGAUCGCGGCCGAAGAGGGCCACCUGGAGCUUGUUGAACUGCUACUGGCACGUGGGGCGGCCCGGGAAGCGCAGGAUCAUGAGGGAUUCACAGCACUUAGCUGGGCAUGCUUGCGUGGUCACUUGGCUGCGGCAAAGACCCUCAUAGAACAUGGCUGCAAUCGUCACCACGAGGACCAUAAUGGUCGAACUGCGCUGGAUUUGGCUGCUUACCAAGGAGCUGCCAGCCUGGUUCUAUACAUUCUUGACCAGGGAGGCAACCUGGAACACAUCGAUGUACAUGGAAUGCGGCCGCUUGAUCGGGCAAUAGCCUGUCGUAACAUUCAGGCUGUCCAGGUCUUUCUGCGAAAGGGCGCCAAACUGGGACCCACCACCUGGAGCAUGGCCAUGGGCAAGCCGGAGAUUCUGGUUGUGCUGCUCAAUAAGCUUCUGGAGGACGGCAACGUGCUAUACAGGAAAAACCGUUUCCAAGAGGCCGCCCAUCGAUACCAGUACGCAUUGCGCAAGAUCUCUGGACUGGAACAGUUGCUCGAGAGGAAUGCCAUAUUCGCCCAGCUACGGACUAAUCUGCUGCUGAAUCUGUCACGAUGCAAGCGAAAAUUGAAUGAACUUGACGCCUCCAUAGAUUUGGCAACGCAGGCGAUUGCCCAAAAGCCACACAGCUACGAAGGAUACUAUGCCAGGGCCAAGGCGCGUAUGGAACUCGGAGCUCUUAAUGAGGCUCUGGUGGACGCCAAUGAGGCGAUGCAGCAGGCCGCCCAGAGUGGUGUUCUAUGCGAAGUGGUCGAGGUGCUUAAACGCAUCCAAACUGAGCUCCUCACCCGUAUCACCAUCAGCAGCGAAGAUCAGUCCGGAAGGAUGUCAAAUAUCGGCGGCGGGGCAUCCGCUGUUUACGAAUCUCAUCACGAGAUCACCGAUUUGUAAAUGUCGAUUGUUGUAUAAUGUUGUACUCGUCGUAUCCCCUUCAAAUUAAGCACUAUUCUAACUUAAGAGCUACCCUAGACCUUAUUUUUUGCUAUUUAUUGCCUUCGAAUGAUUUUAAUUUAAACAAAACUGAAACUAUUUUUGUAAUUUCAUUUAAAAUUGUCUUUUUAAUUGUGUCUACGCAUGUAAAAAUUAGUUUUAUACUCUGAUUUACCAUAAGGAUCAGUUCUUAUUCAUUACAAAUAUUAAAUAAAUGCGAAUUUUCGUAAGAUUUAAUAAAAAAAACUUUUAAAGAAA